AUGGGUCGGAUGAGAUCUCGUAACGGCUGCCUGACCUGCCGAGAACGACAUGUCAAAUGUGACGAGACGAGACCAAAGUGCGGGCAGUGCCUCAAGCGACAUCGGCUCUGUCACUGGGAAGAGCCAUCAUCCCAGCUUACGUUUAAUCAAUACCAACCGAAGCAUAUGGAACAUUCCACGUCCGUGAAACAGUCUCUGCCAGCCUCGGGAAGGGACAGUUCAUCGGCGGAUGGGUUCCCAUCCCCAGGAGGCUCGACAUCACCACCAGAUCCUAUUUGGUGCCCGCAGGACCUGAUCUCACCACCAACAGCUCCGUCCGUCUCCGAAGUUAGUCAGCACGAGUCGCCGAACCAGUAUAGCGAUGCAUCUCUCAUGAGCGUACCUUGGACCAUCCCCACACUUCCUAUAGUUUCGCGCCAGGAAGCUUUCUACAUACAUCAUUUCUCCACGCAUCUAGCGCGGUGGCUCGACUGUACCGAUGCCUCGCGACAGUUCACACUCAAUAUACCUGUGCUUGUCAAUAGCUCCCUAAUUCUUCGAUACGCGGUCAUUUCUUAUGCUGCUCGCCAUCUAGGUGAAGACAACACAGCUGAGAUAUUCCAUGAGAAGUGUAUAGAGCUUCUAAUUCCUUUGUUGAGUACCGAAAAUAUUGCCAAUGACGAGGCUAUACUCUGCGCCAUGGUGAUACUGCGCGUCUGCGAACAACUAAGUGUCACCGUGAUUGGUAGCGAUCAGGAAAGGCAUUUGGCUGGAUUGAGUGCUUUGCUCAAGACGUCUCAAGGACGACAAGUAGACCCGUCGAUACCUACACUUUCCCAAGCUUCCUUCUGGGUCUACGUGCGACAAUGCCUUUACAACGCCUGCAUCCAUCAACAACCACCAAACUUAGAUUUCGAGCUCGUAUUGAUACCACCUCCACACGUUGUCAGUGGUCAAGCUGUGGAUAUCAAGUCAGAAACUGCCUGGGCAAACACCAUGACCUGGAUUUGCGCCACAGUAGUUGACUUUUGUUUCCGCGGAAGUGCUUUGUACUCGGAGCCAUUAACUAGGCUCCAAAGGUGGUCCGAGUUGUCGGAAGCAGUCGAGAACUGGAACAAAACAAAGCCAAGUACUUUCGAUCCAAUAUGGUAUGGGGAACAAAACAGGGAAGCAGGCCCUUUUCCGGAGAUCUGGUUCACAGCAGAUUGGCAUGUAAUGGCGUUUGGCUUCUAUCAUCUAGCUAAGAUGCUCUUAAUGGUCUACCGUCCAUCACCACGAUUUGCGAUUCGGAAUACUCAACGGACCAUACCCGCAUCUGAGGAGACUGUCAUGGAGCACGCUCGAGCUCUGUGUGGAGUGUGGGGCUCAUUGAUGGUGGACAAAGAUGAGCAAGCAGGUAUGGUGGAUAUGCUUAAGAAUCUCGAAGCAUCACAUGCAUGGCCGACGGCUUGGAUAAUUGAAGCAUUAGAAGAGGAGUGGUCGAGAUACUAG